AUGCCGUCACAGAGCCUAGAAGCACCGCAACAGGAUAGGAGCUCAUUAAAGCACAAAAAGAAACCCGUUCGCCGUGAUAAGGAAAAGAGACGGCAACAGAAUAUUCAAGCCCAAAAGAAGUAUCGUAAGUGCCUCUCUUCCGUAACAAAUACACUCGUAUCGCAAAUGCGAGAAAAACAACGUCAGCGAUUGGAGACUCUGGAGGCAAUCGCCGCAUCUGCUAGGCAGAACCACGCCAUAGAGAGACCGAGUCAAAGCACAAACCCAUCGGAAUUGCCAACGCACAAUUGUAGCAGCAACUCACUAGAUCAUGGCAUUUCGAAGCCUCUCUCAUCCUUCGGUAUCGGGAACAGCCCCCCCAUUUCCAGUCCACCUGCUUCGACACCUGGGGAAUGGCAACUCCAGCUACCACCAUCUAAUACCACACACUCCCUUCCUCCCUCGCCAACCUGGGACUCAUGCACGCUUGUCGGCUCCUCGUUCCUCAUCCAUGACAAAACCAGGCAAGGCUCUAGUCCAUACUGGACUAAAACAAUCGACUGCGGCUGUUUAACACCACACGUGCGGCUACGUACACGGGACCCCUAUUCCAACAACGACAUGCAGGUCAUCAGCUUCAGCGCCGAUGGCGUGGCCGCAGACCCAUACAUGAGCAAUGUAAUACGCAUUGAGCGGGUGUGUAUCGCUACAGCGCUGUACACACUUAUGAAGUAUGUGGGCAUUGAGGAGGGAAUCUUCUGCGCGGACGACUCACCCUCGCCUUUCUACCGGCCGGGCCUAGAAAUUGCGGAUGACGCUAUGCGGGAUCGGACAAUUGGCAUGGUUCAACAAAUGUUCAAGACUUUGAAACCGGACUUGAGACCAAUUGCCGAGCAGAUCACAGUAGAGCAUCAUCCAUACAUUGACAUUUUGCCCUUCCCAACACUGAGGAGAAAUCUCAUCAUACAUCAGAACGAAAUCGAUGAGGAUGAGUUUUUGAACGAUACACUGACUGGUUUGGUGUGUUGGGGCGGCGCGGGCACGACAAAGAGGGAUCCGGACAGUGUGACGGGGCAUGCGGUCACGGGAAACCUGUGGGAUGUGCGGAGUUGGGAGGCCAAGGUUUGGUUUCUGAAGAAGUACUGGUGGCUGCUUGGCGGGGAAGAGGGAGAGCUGGUCAGGCAGAGUGAGUGGUGGCAGAGUGUUAGGGGAGAGGAAGCG